AUGCGUUUCCACGCACUGCUCCCUGUGCUCUUUGCCAUCACACCUACUCUAGCCAUUCCUCCCCCGGACUUUAGGUUUCCAGAAGCACCAAAUGACACAGCCCUUGCGGUCACCUACCAGAACAAUGGCGACACCAUUCUUGUGACGGAAGCGGAACUUUUCGGGGUUGAUAUCCCCUCCCAACAACCCACGGUGGCUCUCGAGACGUCCAAGUUCCAGUCUCUUUCCAGCUACAAUGGAUCUUAUGUCCUUCUCAUGGUUGAUCCUGACGCAAGAUAUCCUCAAAAUCCAACGUCCCGAUUCAUUUUGCACUGGCUGCAGACCGAUAUGACACCGGCACCGCUGGCAGAUGAUGGAACCAGCCAACUCAUCAAUUCGACCCAGCCACGAGCGCCCUACCGAAACCCAUCUCCUCCGACGAACUCCUCUGCCCACCGCUACAUCCUGUAUACCUUCUUUCAGCAUGAAAACUUCACGUUCCCACCUGCAUUCGAGGGAUAUAACGCUACAAACAGGACCAAUUUCAACUUGACAUUGUUUCUGGACGAAUCGAAUUUGGGUCGAACACCGGCUGCUGCCAUGUAUUUCUUCGUCAGUAAUGAGACUCAGGUUCCUCCAGAUUUCACUGCUGCUGCAGGCGCCACUUAUCCUGGCGGAAAUGGCGACAUGAUAACAGCUGGUCCGGGUCCAACCAUUACACCUUCCUCGACGCCUGCCAGCGCUUCGGCCUCCACUUCCGCAACAGGCUCCGGUAGCUCUGAAUCGGGUGCCGGGUCCGAAACAGCUUCUGCCACAGAGUCUGUCGCUUCAGCGUCUCCCACAGGUGGUGCAGCUGUUCACCAAACAGCUACCCGCGGCGUCUUCUUAUUAGCAUGUCUUAUGGCUCUGUUGAGCAUGACUUGA